CCGCUAGUUUCGUUCUACGGAAACAUCCAGUACACGAGCGUUCGUUCCCACUCCCGAGCGGUGACCGCCCCGUCCAACGCUGAAGUCGACCCGGUCGACGCUGAAGUUCCCGGCAGCCCGUCGCCGCCCCAUCCGUCGUUCCGGUCACCAGGCCCGCUAUCAUCCUCGGACGGAAGCACCCAGGACCUCGGCGUCCGUUCCAACAGCCUGACGCCGUCCCGCCACUCCCCGCUCCAGACAACACGCUCGGCGACCAACCCGCAUCUCCUCGCCCAGUAUCAAACUUUUCUGCCCUAGCGAUGCCGAGAACACGGCGCAGCAAACGCUCAACGGAGAACGCGACAGGAGGUGGCGGAACCGACCACGAGGAGAACCCGCCACCACCACCACCGCCUCCCCCACCACCACCCCCGCCGACAGACAUCCAGACCCUCCAGCGGCAGUUGGCGGAGCUCACGUCGGCCACCCAAACCAUCCAGCGGAACCUCGCCGCCAUCAUGCCCCGGGGAGCACCUGGCGCCCAGCCUCCUGCCUCGCAGCAGGCGCUCAACACCUCCACAUCUGGCCACCCCGCCCUGCCACCGACCCACCUGGACACUGUCCCAGGAACUCCAGCCGGCGCCCUCGCGGCGUCCGUACUAGGUAACGUUAGUGAUAAGUCUGUACUAGGUAGCGAUAGCGAUAAGCUUCCCGCAGGCUCUGAGACCAACGCCCUACACCAGCUCAUCCCUCCUAAUCCUUUCCCCCUCGCUGGCAGUAACAUACAUGUCCCGCUAGACACAGGCAUUCCAGAGCAGGUUAAGGAGAAGAUUUGGCAACAUAAGUAUGUUAAUUUCAAAAAUCUCAUCCCCUCCCUGAAAUCAGCCCCACAGUACACCGUCUCUCUGUCUGACUCCCUGACACCCACUUUGACCUUGGCGAACCGCACCGCCGAUCCGAAACAAAACCUCUCCCUGGACCAAUGGUCCACUGCCUUCUUAAUCUACCAGUUUGUGUAUAUACAACGCCACCCUCAGCACAGCUCCCAGCUCCUCGCAUAUCACCACCUCAUCCGUACCCUAGCCUCGCGCAAAGCUGACUGGCUCCGCUACGAUGAGUCCUUCCGCCAAUUCAGGGAGGGGUCCCCUACCACAUCUUGGGCCACUCCACACUUGCAACUCUAUGUCGAUGCUCUCCACACCGCCCCUUCCCCAACACCUACUGUCUCAUCUCCCGCUCAUGCUCCCAAACCAAAACUGACUUCCAACAUCCCCUCAGGGUAUUGUUUUCAAUACCACAGGCCAAACGGACAGUGCUUUAAGCACGAUUGCCCCUGGAAGCACUCGUGCUUCCACUGUUCCCGGGCACACAAAGCGCCCCAGUGCCCCCAAACCGUUCCCAACUCACGCCCUUCCUCCUACCCUAACAACAAACGCUAAGCUCCUACGACAAUCUGCACAU